AUGGCGAGCACAUCGAAUGUCAAGAAAUCAUCCACUCAACGUAGUUCGCAGAGCUCGAAUUACAAUGACCAUCAAUCACAACCACGUCAAAUUUUACCAAUGUCGCGGCAGUCGACUCAGAGCAGGACGUAUUCACAGGCUCUUCAGCCUCAAGUAAUUGUUCCAACACAGUAUGAUGACAUUACGUCAAAUAACGUGCCCUCAUCAAAGGAUUUGAC